UCGAUACUAAACCUAAAUAUUCAAGUCAUCGUCAGAAGCAGAAAUAACAAUUACGAAGUUUUAAGCAGAAAAUACCAAAAUUAUACGCGCUUUAUUGCAACUAAGAGCUGACAAAAUGACUCUCGCAUCGAAGAUGGACGUUGAUGUAGCCAAAGGCGAGGGCUUUCGUUCCUAUUACAUCCAGAAAAUCGAAGAGCUGCAAUUGAUUGUCGCGGAAAAGAGUCAAAAUCUGCGUCGUUUGCAAGCACAACGUAACGAACUCAACGCCAAGGUCCGUAUGUUGCGCGAAGAACUCCAACUUUUGCAAGAACAGGGCAGUUAUGUCGGGGAAGUUGUCAAACCGAUGGACAAGAAGAAGGUUUUGGUAAAAGUUCAUCCUGAGGGAAAAUUCGUCGUCGAUAUCGACAAAAACAUCGACAUUAACGACGUGACGCCCAAUUGUCGUGUUGCUUUGCGCAACGAGAGUUACACGUUGCACAAAAUCCUGCCGAACAAAGUUGAUCCUUUGGUUUCGUUGAUGAUGGUUGAAAAAGUUCCCGAUUCGACGUACGAAAUGGUUGGCGGUUUGGACAAGCAAAUCAAGGAAAUCAAGGAAGUUAUCGAAUUGCCGGUCAAACAUCCCGAACUUUUCGACGCUUUGGGUAUUGCUCAACCGAAAGGCGUUUUGCUUUACGGUCCUCCGGGCACAGGAAAAACUUUGUUAGCACGUGCCGUCGCUCAUCACACGGAAUGUACUUUUAUUCGUGUCUCGGGUUCGGAACUCGUGCAAAAAUUCAUCGGCGAGGGAUCUCGUAUGGUACGUGAACUUUUCGUUAUGGCACGCGAACAUGCGCCUUCGAUCAUCUUCAUGGAUGAAAUUGACUCCAUUGGAUCGUCUCGUAUUGAAUCCGGAAGCGGCGGCGACUCCGAAGUGCAACGAACGAUGUUGGAACUCUUGAAUCAACUCGACGGCUUCGAAGCAACGAAAAAUAUCAAAGUCAUCAUGGCAACAAAUCGCAUUGACAUCCUUGAUCCGGCGUUGUUGCGUCCCGGGCGUAUUGACAGAAAGAUCGAAUUUCCGCCACCAAACGAGGAAGCACGUCUCGACAUCCUAAAAAUUCAUUCGCGCAAGAUGAAUUUGACACGAGGCAUAAAUUUACGAAAAAUUGCUGAACUAAUGCCGGGCGCAUCGGGUGCUGAAGUGAAGGGAGUGUGUACCGAAGCCGGCAUGUAUGCGUUGCGUGAAAGACGUGUUCAUGUCACGCAAGAAGACUUUGAGAUGGCAGUUGCGAAAGUCAUGCAAAAGGAUUCCGAGAAGAAUAUGUCGAUCAAGAAAUUAUGGAAGUAAUUUUUUUUUUUUGCUUUUUUUUUUUGUGAAACUCGUAUAAAAAUAAAAUUUAAAUAAAUAAAAAAUCAAAUUUUCCACUUA